AUGCGCCAGAACGAAACACAGACGUGUGGGGUUUUAAACGACUUCAGAAGGAAUCUUCUGGUCAACUUGGGCUUGUUUCGCGCGGGUGUUUGGGUUGCAAGAAAUCUCACACAUUUUGAUCUGAUGUCUCUUCAGCCCGUAACAUAACCUGGUCAAAAUACAUCACCACCGAAAACAGGAUGACGGUGUCUUGGACCAACAAAGAAGAAUAAACAAGGGAUAUGAAUAAAUGACUUUUUAUGAGUAGUUUUACUUUGAAAACACAAACACAAGGGUUAAAAUGAGAGACAUUUGUUUACCUGGUUUCUUGUUGGUUAGGGACGCACUACCACAGCGAUCUGUUCUCUGGCUGCU